GGGGCAAUGAUGGCUGGAGCUGGCAGAAGCGGCUCAGAACGUGCAGCCAAACUGCAGGUGAAUGAUGGAGGAGGUCGGUAUAUUUAACCCUAACCCGAUGCAACAGUGGGAAGUGCUCCGACAUCCGACACCGUCGGAGGGAACACCACCGACCCCCUGUCAACCGCUUUUCCACGUCUCUCGCAGCACGUUCGACGCCGCGUCGCAGCGCGCCGCACCUGCAGUGACCGCCACCCCACCAGCCAUACCCCCCGUCUCCGGAGUCCAGACCAGCGACCCCCAUGGCGAAGAGCAAGAAACCGGCGGCGUCCACCACGCCGUCUUCGCCGAGCGCCGCCCCCGCCUGGCUGCACGACGGCCUGCCCCUGCCGCGCCUGAUCGUACUCGACCUCGACUACACGCUGUGGCCCUUCUACUCGGACAUCCACAUCGCGCCGCCGAUCCGGCCGGUGCCGAACGCGCACCCGCCGACGCUGGCCGACCGCAACGGCGAGCACUUCGCGCUGUACCCGGACGCGCCGCACAUCCUGCGCCUGCUCUCGUCGCUGCCGCCCGCCCGCCUCCGCCUCGCCGUGGCCAGCAAGUCGCCUGUCGGCGACCUGUGCCGGGACGUGCUCAAGCAGCUGCGCCUGCCGCCGCCCCUGGGCGACGCCGGCGGCGGCGCCGACAAGGGCGUCAAGCGGGCCAUCGACGCCUUUGAUGCGGGGCUGGAGAUCUACGAGGGCUCCAAGAUCAGGCAUUUCGAGGUGCUGGCCAAGCGGACCGGCAUACCGUACGGGCAGAUGCUGUUCUUUGACGACGAGCGGCCGAACCUCGAGGUCGAGAGUCUGGGCGUCACGAUGAGGUUGGUUCGGGACGGGCUGACGUGGGAGGAGCUCGAGAAGGGGAUAGAGCAGUGGCGGGUGAAUCAGGGCGUGGCGUGAGGGCUGGGCAGGAAAUGGUUAGAUAGACCGGAAGGAUACAUGCGGGACAGGCGUUCAGGUGUAAUGGGAAGGGUUUGUCUGUAUUGACUGGGGAGUUGAGAGGUGACGGUGACGG